GUGUAUCAGGAUGAUAAGCGAAUGGCAAUGUUUGGAACAAGUUCAGUUCGUAAUACAUCGCCGUCGACGCCAGACGUCAUGACGAUUAUAAUACACAAAACUGAUGUCAGUCCGCCGGCUCGCGCGACGCUCAUCCUCGUAGACUUACUCGGUCUUAAAAUCGAAACUCGCGAAGUGAAUCUACCUACAAGACAACAAUUCAACCCAGAGUACUUAGAGAAGAAUCCAUUACACACAGUUCCAUUAUUAGAAGAUGACGGUCUAGUUCUUCAAGACAGCCAUGCAAUCAUGAUAUACCUAAUGUCAAAAUAUGGUAUAGAACACGAGAGUUUGUACCCUAAAGAUUUGGCAGCAAGGGCGAUAGUCAAUCAACGUUUGUUUUUUGACGCGUCCAUACUAUUCCCAAGGUUGAAGACUGUUAUUUAUAGUACUGUGAAGCAUGGAAUACCAAUGACAGAAGCACAGGAGACAGAUAUUAAGGAAUGUUAUGAUGUUGCUGAGAAGUAUCUUACGGAUCAAUACAUUGCGGGCGAUACUUUGACCUUGGCCGAUAUCUCGUGUGUCACCACUAUAUCAUCAUUAGACUGUAUUGUACCCAUACAUUCGAAAUAUAGAAGGCUUCACGAUUGGUGGAGCCGACUGAAGAAGGAACCCUGGUACCAGAAGAUUAACCAACCAGGAUUGGCGCUGUUUGGCAGAUUUAUCAAAGGCUUUUUGUGAUCAAUAUUGUUUUCAAAUAAAAAAUAAUUUUAAGUGAAUAAAUGUAAUGAAUUGUGAAUGUAAAUGACUGUUAUUUGCUUCUGUAAGCGUUU